GCUAUUUUGACAGAGUUGACUUGACAUUUCUAAGACGUUUCACGUUUUAUAAAUAAAAAUAUUGCUGAAGGGUUGCGGUAUUUUUCAUUUUUAUUUUUACGGUUCGAUUAAGAUUAGUUGGUUUUCCAAUUUGUAUGCAAUUUAAAAUGGAGCAAGACUUAGAAGCUCUCAUUUUGGCCGGUGCUAGCGAUGAAGACAUCGAGUUUGUCAUAUUGUAUCACAUUCUGGGAGAUGAAGAUGAAGAUGAAGAUGAAGAUGAAGAUGAAGAUGAAGAUGAAGAUGAAGAUGAAGAUGAAGAUGAAGGUGAAGAUGAAGAUGAACUUAUAUUACAAGCUCAAAAUCAAGAAUUUUAUUUAGAAGGUAUGUCAGAAGCAGAUGUAAAAACUAAUUUCAGAUUUAGUAAGCAAGAUAUUCCGGUAUUGGUAAAUGCUUUACGCAUACCAGAUAUUAUUCACACCGAUAACAGAAACACUGUUACUGGUACUAUGGCUCUAUGUAUUUUACUGAGAAGGCUUGCACAUCCUAGUCGGCUUAAAGAUCUUCAACCAAUGUUCAAUCUUUCUCCACAGUCAUUGUCUCAAAUUAUUAAUUAUAUGAUUACAUUUAUUAUUGAAAAUCAUGUACAUCUUCUGACAGAUCUAAGAAAUGUUCCAUGGUUAAAUGAAGAGAGAAUGAAAACAUAUGCCGAGGCUGUAGGUAUAAGAGGUGGUGCUGUUAAAAAUUGUUGGGGAUUUAUAGGCGGAACAGCAAGGGGAAUAUGUAAGCCAUCACAAAAUCAAGAAGAUUACUAUUCAGGGCACAACAAACAGCACUGCAUAAAAUAUCAAUCUGUUUUGUGUCCCGAUGGGAUAAUCAUAAAUCUAAAAGGAGCAUAUAUAGGUCGAAGACAUUAUUCUGCAAUUUUUAGGAAAUCUAAUCUUUAUAAUGAAUUAGAAGCUGUGACAACUUUAAAGAAUAGAAAUUAUGUUUUAUAUGGGGACCAAACUUAUCCUCUAAAUAAUUUGCUAUUAGUUCCAUUUCCUAAUAAAGAAGAGUUGCUACCCCAUGAACAGGCAUUUAACAAUUCAAUGAAGUUUGUUAAAACUGCUGUAGACUGGGGGUUUCAAAAAGUUAUAGCUCAAUUUGCAUUCUUGGAUUUUAAAAUAAACCAAAAACUAUUAUUACAAGAUUUAGAAAAUAUGUAUAAAGUUGGUGUUAUAUUAAGUAAUUGCCAUACUUGCUUGUAUGGCAGCCAAACCUCUCAUUUUUUUGGUGUAGUACCACCAACACUUGAGAACUACCUACAUAUAGAGAAAUAAUAAAAUUUUUUACUUUUU